AAAUCCUGCUGUGAAUAAGUUCAAAGCCAAAAUGUUGGCACUUUUAGUAAUUCAGUCGAACUCUGUAUCGAUCUUCACUAUUUAGAAAAUGAAUAGAGUUUUUCGUGGCCAUCUCCCUUGUUUAAAGUUGGACUAUAAAGUGAAGGAUGUACAUUUGAAAAUGUGAAAAUUCACUACAAUAAUUUAUAUGACCUAUAAAAUUUUUAAAAAUAUAAGGAAAAUACUUUUUAAUUUCUUUCUAGAUUGACCAAUACCUUCAAAAGAUGUCUAGUCUUCUGGAAAACAUCAUUGCCAUCAUUGAACUAUUCCACAAGUACUCAAAAACUGAUAAGGAGACUGACACAUUGAGCAAAAAAGAACUGAAGGAACUUCUGGAAGUGGAGUUUCGGCCCGUCCUGAAGAAUCCGGAUGACCCAGAUACAGCUGAUGUCUUCAUGCACAUACUUGAUGUAGACCACAACAAGAAGAUAGAUUUUACAGAGUUUUUUCUGAUGGUAUUCAAGUUGGCUCAAGCAUAUUAUGCUUACACACGAAGACAGAAUUUCCAGAAAUCAGGGAGAAAGCAGAAGUAUAGACACUAUAAUGGAGAUGAAGAAGGUGAUACAGAAGAAGAGGAUAGAGAGGAAAAAAAUAGAAAGUCCAGACAUUCAAGAAGGAAGGAAGAAAAGGAACAGGAAGGAUCAAAGAGUGAAAAACUAAAAGAGAAAAGCAAACACAACGUUAAUUCUGAGAGUCAAGAAACAAAUACUGGAUCUGAUGUGAGACAAAGACAUGAAAAUAAGAAAGCACACCAUAAGUUGAGGGAGGAAAAAAGGAGGAGGUCAAGCUCUCCUGAAAUAAAAAAAGAAGAGAAGAAUUCAAGUAGGAGCAGGAGCAGGGAAUACGAAGGAAAAGAAUAUGAACACUGUUAUGAAAAAAAAAUCAGAGGACAAGCAAAAACGAUGGAAUCAGAAUACGAAAAAGCUUAUCAAGUAACUGACGAAAACGUAAAUGUGGGCAGAGAUUCUGAUUCGAAAAUAAGGCGACAGCAGAGAGACACAGCCAGUGAAACAAAGAGAGGUGAAGGAUGGUACGAAAAAAAGGGGAAACAUGGGCCCACCGCCCAGGCAACGGCAGGGUCCAGAGUGAGGGGCCAACAUGGGUCUCGCCACGGCCAGUCCGGGGACAGCGCUAGGCACGCCGAGGCCCGCCCGUCCCGGGCCGAAGCCCACCGGCCGGCGGGCUCUAGCCACGCAGAGUCAGGAUCCGGCACCCCCCAGCGCCAGGGCCGCGGCCACGAGCAGGCCAGAGACAGCUCAAGGCACUCCCGGGCUGCACAGGGACACAGCUCCACCGAGUCCGGCAGCGGGAGACACAGGGAACCCAGCCUCGGCCAGGCCAGCGACAGCGAGGGCCUCUCCGACCACUCAGGGAGACACGCGCCCACCGCCCAGGCAACCGCAGGGUCCGGCGUGAGGGGCCAACAUGGGUCUCUCCACGGCCAGUCCGGGGACAGCGCUAGGCACGCCGAGGCCCGCCCGUCCCGGGCCGAAGCCCACCGGCCGGCGGGCUCUAGCCACGCAGAGUCAGGAUCCGGCACCCCCCAGCGCCAGGGCCGCGGGCACGAGCAGGCCAGAGACAGCUCAAGGCACUCCCGGGCUGCACAGGGACACAGCUCCACCGAGUCCGGCAGCGGGAGACACAGGGAACCCAGCCUCGGCCAGGCCAGCGACAGCGAGGGCCUCUCCGACCACUCAGGGAGACACGCGCCCACCGCCCAGGCAACCGCAGGGUCCGGUGCGAGGGGCCCACAUGGGUCUCUCCACGGCCAGUCCGGGGACAGCGCUAGGCACGCCGAGGCCCGCCCGUCCCGGGCCGAAGCCCACCGGCCGGCGGGCUCUAGCCACGCAGAGUCAGGAUCCGGCACCCCCCAGCGCCAGGGCCGCGGCCACGAGCAGGCCAGAGACAGCUCAAGGCACUCCCGGGCUGCACAGGGACACAGCUCCACCGAGUCCGGCAGCGGGAGACACAGGGAACCCAGCCUCGGCCAGGCCAGCGACAGCGAGGGCCUCUCCGACCACUCAGGGAGACACGCGCCCACCGCCCAGGCAACCGCAGGGUCCGGCGUGAGGGGCCAACAUGGGUCUCGCCACGGCCAGUCCGGGGACAGCGCUAGGCACGCCGAGGCCCGCCCGUCCCGGGCCGAAGCCCACCGGCCGGCGGGCUCUAGCCACGCAGAGUCAGGAUCCGGCACCCCCCAGCGCCAGGGCCGCGGCCACGAGCAGGCCAGAGACAGCUCAAGGCACUCCCGGGCUGCACAGGGACACAGCUCCACCGAGUCCGGCAGCGGGAGACACAGGGAACCCAGCCUCGGCCAGGCCAGCGACAGCGAGGGCCUCUCCGACCACUCAGGGAGACACGCGCCCACCGCCCAGGCAACCGCAGGGUCCGGCGCGAGGGGCCCACAUGGGUCUCUCCACGGCCAGUCCGGGGACAGCGCUAGGCACGCCGAGGCCCGCCCGUCCCGGGCCGAAGCCCACCGGCCGGCGGGCUCUAGCCACGCAGAGUCAGGAUCCGGCACCCCCCAGCGCCAGGGCCGCGGCCACGAGCAGGCCAGAGACAGCUCAAGGCACUCCCGGGCUGCACAGGGACACAGCUCCACCGAGUCCGGCAGCGGGAGACACAGGGAACCCAGCCUCGGCCAGGCCAGCGACAGCGAGGGCCUCUCCGACCACUCAGGAAGACACGCGCCCACCGCCCAGGCAACCGCAGGGUCCGGCGUGAGGGGCCAACAUGGGUCUCGCCACGGCCAGUCCGGGGACAGCGCUAGGCACGCCGAGGCCCGCCCGUCCCGGGCCGAAGCCCACCGGCCGGCGGGCUCUAGCCACGCAGAGUCAGGAUCCGGCACCCCCCAGCGCCAGGGCCGCGGCCACGAGCAGGCCAGAGACAGCUCAAGGCACUCCCGGGCUGCACAGGGACACAGCUCCACCGAGUCCGGCAGCGGGAGACACAGGGAACCCAGCCUCGGCCAGGCCAGCGACAGCGAGGGCCUCUCCGACCACUCAGGGAGACACGCGCCCACCGCCCAGGCAACCGCAGGGUCCGGCGUGAGGGGCCAACAUGGGUCUCGCCACGGCCAGUCCGGGGACAGCGCUAGGCACGCCGAGGCCCGCCCGUCCCGGGCCGAAGCCCACCGGCCGGCGGGCUCUAGCCACGCAGAGUCAGGAUCCGGCACCCCCCAGCGCCAGGGCCGCGGCCACGAGCAGGCCAGAGACAGCUCAAGGCACUCCCGGGCUGCACAGGGACACAGCUCCACCGAGUCCGGCAGCGGGAGACACAGGGAACCCAGCCUCGGCCAGGCCAGCGACAGCGAGGGCCUCUCCGACCACUCAGGGAGACACGCGCCCACCGCCCAGGCAACCGCAGGGUCCGGCGUGAGGGGCCAACAUGGGUCUCGCCACGGCCAGUCCGGGGACAGCGCUAGGCACGCCGAGGCCCGCCCGUCCCGGGCCGAAGCCCACCGGCCGGCGGGCUCUAGCCACGCAGAGUCAGGAUCCGGCACCCCCCAGCGCCAGGGCCGCGGCCACGAGCAGGCCAGAGACAGCUCAAGGCACUCCCGGGCUGCACAGGGACACAGCUCCACCGAGUCCGGCAGCGGGAGACACAGGGAACCCAGCCUCGGCCAGGCCAGCGACAGCGAGGGCCUCUCCGACCACUCAGGGAGACACGCGCCCACCGCCCAGGCAACCGCAGGGUCCGGUGCGAGGGGCCCACAUGGGUCUCGCCACGGCCAGACCGGGGACAGCGCUAGGCACGCCGAGGCCCGCCCGUCCCGGGCCGAAGCCCACCGGCCGGCGGGCUCUAGCCACGCAGAGUCAGGAUCCGGCACCCCCCAGCGCCAGGGCCGCGGCCACGAGCAGGCCAGAGACAGCUCAAGGCACUCCCGGGCUGCACAGGGACACAUCUCCACCGAGUCCGGCAGCGGGAGACACAGGGAACCCAGCCUCGGCCAGGCCAGCGACAGCGAGGGCCUCUCCGACCACUCAGGGAGACACGCGCCCACCGCCCAGGCAACCGCAGGGUCCGGCGUGAGGGGCCCACAUGGGUCUCGCCACGGCCAGUCCGGGGACAGCGCUAGGCACGCCGAGCGCCAGGGCCGCGGCCACGAGCAGGCCAGAGACAGCUCAAGGCACUCCCGGGCUGCACAGGGACACAGCUCCACCGAGUCCGGCAGCGGGAGACACAGGGAACCCAGCCUCGGCCAGGCCAGCGACAGCGAGGGCCUCUCCGACCACUCAGGGAGACACGCGCCCACCGCCCAGGCAACCGCAGGGUCCGGUGCGAGGGGCCCACAUGGGUCUCUCCACGGCCAGUCCGGGGACAGCGCUAGGCACGCCGAGGCCCGCCCGUCCCGGGCCGAAGCCCACCGGCCGGCGGGCUCUAGCCACGCAGAGUCAGGAUCCGGCACCCCCCAGCGCCAGGGCCGCGGCCACGAGCAGGCCAGAGACAGCUCAAGGCACUCCCGGGCUGCACAGGGACACAGCUCCACCGAGUCCGGCAGCGGGAGACACAGGGAACCCAGCCUUGGCCAGGCCAGCGACAGCGAGGGCCUCUCCGACCACUCAGGGAGACACGCGCCCACCGCCCAGGCAACCGCAGGGUCCGGCGUGAGGGGCCAACAUGGGUCUCGCCACGGCCAGUCCGGGGACAGCGCUAGGCACGCCGAGGCCCGCCCGUCCCGGGCCGAAGCCCACCGGCCGGCGGGCUCUAGCCACGCAGAGUCAGGAUCCGGCACCCCCCAGCGCCAGGGCCGCGGCCACGAGCAGGCCAGAGACAGCUCAAGGCACUCCCGGGCUGCACAGGGACACAGCUCCACCGAGUCCGGCAGCGGGAGACACAGGGAACCCAGCCUCGGCCAGGCCAGCGACAGCGAGGGCCUCUCCGACCACUCAGGGAGACACGCGCCCACCGCCCAGGCAACCGCAGGGUCCGGCGCGAGGGGCCCACAUGGGUCUCUCCACGGCCAGUCCGGGGACAGCGCUAGGCACGCCGAGGCCCGCCCGUCCCAGGCCGAAGCCCACCGGCCGGCGGGCUCUAGCCACGCAGAGUCAGGAUCCGGCACCCCCCAGCGCCAGGGCCGCGGCCACGAGCAGGCCAGAGACAGCUCAAGGCACUCCCGGGCUGCACAGGGACACAGCUCCACCGAGUCCGGCAGCGGGAGACACAGGGAACCCAGCCUCGGCCAGGCCAGCGACAGCGAGGGCCUCUCCGACCACUCAGGGAGACACGCGCCCACCGCCCAGGCAACCGCAGGGUCCGGCGUGAGGGGCCAACAUGGGUCUCGCCACGGCCAGUCCGGGGACAGCGCUAGGCACGCCGAGGCCCGCCCGUCCCGGGCCGAAGCCCACCGGCCGGCGGGCUCUAGCCACGCAGAGUCAGGAUCCGGCACCCCCCAGCGCCAGGGCCGCGGCCACGAGCAGGCCAGAGACAGCUCAAGGCACUCCCGGGCUGCACAGGGACACAGCUCCACCGAGUCCGGCAGCGGGAGACACAGGGAACCCAGCCUCGGCCAGGCCAGCGACAGCGAGGGCCUCUCCGACCACUCAGGGAGACACGCGCCCACCGCCCAGGCAACCGCAGGGUCCGGCGCCGAAGCCCACCGGCCGGCGGGCUCUAGCCACGCAGAGUCAGGAUCCGGCACCCCCCAGCGCCAGGGCCGCGGCCACGAGCAGGCCAGAGACAGCUCAAGGCACUCCCGGGCUGCACAGGGACACAGCUCCACCGAGUCCGGCAGCGGGAGACACAGGGAACCCAGCCUCGGCCAGGCCAGCGACAGCGAGGGCCUCUCCGACCACUCAGGGAGACACGCGCCCACCGCCCAGGCAACCGCAGGGUCCGGUGCGAGGGGCCCACAUGGGUCUCUCCACGGCCAGUCCGGGGACAGCGCUAGGCACGCCGAGGCCCGCCCGUCCCGGGCCGAAGCCCACCGGCCGGCGGGCUCUAGCCACGCAGAGUCAGGAUCCGGCACCCCCCAGCGCCAGGGCCGUGGCCACGAGCAGGCCAGAGACAGCUCAAGGCACUCCCGGGCUGCACAGGGACACAGCUCCACCGAGUCCGGCAGCGGGAGACACAGGGAACCCAGCCUCGGCCAGGCCAGCGACAGCGAGGGCCUCUCCGACCACUCAGGGAGACACGCGCCCACCGCCCAGGCAACCGCAGGGUCCGGCGCGAGGGGCCAACAUGGGUCUCUCCACGGCCAGUCCGGGGACAGCGCUAGGCACGCCGAGGCCCGCCCGUCCCGGGCCGAAGCCCACCGGCCGGCGGGCUCUAGCCACGCAGAGUCAGGAUCCGGCACCCGCCAGCGCCAGGGCCGCGGCCACGAGCAGGCCAGAGACAGCUCAAGGCACUCCCGGGCUGCACAGGGACACAGCUCCACCGAGUCCGGCAGCGGGAGACACAGGGAACCCAGCCUCGGCCAGGCCAGCGACAGCGAGGGCCUCUCCGACCACUCAGGGAGACACGCGCCCACCGCCCAGGCAACCGCAGGGUCCGGUGCGAGGGGCCCACAUGGGUCUCGCCACGGCCAGUCCGGGGACAGCGCUAGGCACGCCGAGGCCCGCCCGUCCCGGGCCGAAGCCCACCGGCCGGCGGGCUCUAGCCACGCAGAGUCAGGAUCCGGCACCCCCCAGCGCCAGGGCCGCGGCCACGAGCAGGCCAGAGACAGCUCAAGGCACUCCCGGGCUGCACAGGGACACAGCUCCACCGAGUCCGGCAGCGGGAGACACAGGGAACCCAGCCUCGGCCAGGCCAGCGACAGCGAGGGCCUCUCCGACCACUCAGGGAGACACGCGCCCACCGCCCAGGCAACCGCAGGGUCCGGUGCGAGGGGCCCACAUGGGUCUCUCCACGGCCAGUCCGGGGACAGCGCUAGGCACGCCGAGGCCCGCCCGUCCCGGGCCGAAGCCCACCGGCCGGCGGGCUCUAGCCACGCAGAGUCAGGAUCCGGCACCCCCCAGCGCCAGGGCCGCGGCCACGAGCAGGCCAGAGACAGCUCAAGGCACUCCCGGGCUGCACAGGGACACAGUUCCACCGAGUCCGGCAGCGGGAGACACAGGGAACCCAGCCUCGGCCAGGCCAGCGACAGCGAGGGCCUCUCCGACCACUCAGGGAGACACGCGCCCACCGCCCAGGCAACCGCAGGGUCCGGCGUGAGGGGCCAACAUGGGUCUCUCCACGGCCAGUCCGGGGACAGCGCUAGGCACGCCGAGACCCGCCCGUCCCGGGCCGAAGCCCACCGGCCGGCGGGCUCUAGCCACGCAGAGUCAGGAUCCGGCACCCCCCAGCGCCAGGGCCGCGGCCACGAGCAGGCCAGAGACAGCUCAAGGCACUCCCGGGCUGCACAGGGACACAGCUCCACUGAGUCCGGCAGCGGGAGACACAGGGAACCCAGCCUCGGCCAGGCCAGCGACAGCGAGGGCCUCUCCGACCACUCAGGGAGACACGCGCCCACCGCCCAGGCAACCGCAGGGUCCGGCGUGAGGGGCCAACAUGGGUCUCUCCACGGCCAGUCCGGGGACAGCGCUAGGCACGCCGAGGCCCGCCCGUCCCGGGCCGAAGCCCACCGGCCGGCGGGCUCUAGCCACGCAGAGUCAGGAUCCGGCACCCCCCAGCGCCAGGGCCGCGGCCACGAGCAGGCCAGAGACAGCUCAAGGCACUCCCGGGCUGCACAGGGACACAUCUCCACUGAGUCCGGCAGCGGGAGACACAGGGAACCCAGCCUCGGCCAGGCCAGCGACAGCGAGGGCCUCUCCGACCACUCAGGGAGACACGCGCCCACCGCCCAGGCAACCGCAGGGUCCGGCGCGAGGGGCCCACAUGGGUCUCUCCACGGCCAGUCCGGGGACAGCGCUAGGCACGCCGAGGCCCGCCCGUCCCGGGCCGAAGCCCACCGGCCGGCGGGCUCUAGCCACGCAGAGUCAGGAUCCGGCACCCCCCAGCGCCAGGGCCGCGGCCACGAGCAGGCCAGAGACAGCUCAAGGCACUCCCGGGCUGCACAGGGACACAGCUCCACCGAGUCCGGCAGCGGGAGACACAGGGAACCCAGCCUCGGCCACGUCAGGGACAGCCAUGGUGUUUUUCUAGGUGCAAGGAAACAAUUGGUUCCCAUCCCUGAACGUUCUUAUUCACUGUUUGAUAACCACAAUCAUGGAUUAACUCAAGGUUUGAGACAUGGCAGCUAUGGAAGUGCAGAUUAUGACUAUGGACAGUCUGGGUAUGGUCACUUUUACAGCACCCUGCAAGCUGCUUCAGGCUCCAUCCUACUUGUUCCUCUGGUGAACCAGAUGCCUAAACUCCUACAAAGCAUUGUCACUGUCAUCGAUCUUUUCUACCAAUAUGCUAAGCAGGAUGGGGAGUGUGACAUGUUGAACAAGGCAGAAUUGAAAGAACUAUUGGAAAAUGAGUUUGGUCAAAUUCUGAAGAGCUUGUAUCUUGUUCCUCUACAGAAUCCAGAUGAUCCAGACACUGUAGAUAUCAUCAUGCAAAAUCUGGAUCAAGACCAUAACAAGAAGGUCGAAUUUACUGAGUACCUUCUGAUGAUAUUCAAGCUGGCUCGCGCUUGUAACAAAAUUGUCAGCAAAGAUUAUUGCAAAGCUUCAGGGUCAAAGAAAAGAGAUUACAUUCACCAGCACCAAGAGGAACAGAGUGAAACCGAAGAAGAGGAAGAAGGGCAAGAAUCAUCUUCUAGUCAUUCAAGCUGGAGUGAAGGAAAGCAUGAUUCCUCCUCCUCCAGGGGCUCCAGAGGAAGCAUUAACCACAGCUCCAGAAGAAAGAAGCAUCAAAGAGGCUUGUCUAGUUCUGGGCACAGGCAAAGCUCUGGGGAAAGAAGGAAAGAGUCAUGUGCAGGACACUUCAAGGACAGUAAGAAAAGCAAGCAUGGCUCUUGUCAGCACAAAAGGUCUAAGAGUGAAGAAGUUGGUUAUAUUCAUUCAAGUAACAGUAGAACGAGAUCAGACUCAGCAAAUGCAUCAGGUGCUUAUGGAGAACAAGGGCAUGUGUGCCAGCUAGAGGGUCAGUCUUUCAGUUCUGACCAACACUGGUCUGACACAAAUGAAUCUUCAGGGAACAGACAACAUAAGAAGAAAUCAAGCCAGUCACUUAGAAAGCAGGAUCAUGUAUUCAGCUCAAAGAGUUUCAGAAGACAAGACCACGGGUCAAAUUCAAACGAGCCCACUGGUUGUAGUCAUGGCUCUGGCUCAGGCCAGCACUCUCAACAGAGAUGGCAUGAACCAAAUGAGGGAUAUCAAUCAGGAAACUGUGAAGAACAAGGAUACUGUUCUAGUUCAACUGAGGGAUCCAGUUAUGGCCAACUCAGGUCAUGCUCAGGACAGUUUUCUAGCUGUGUCCAACAUAGGUCUCAAUCAGGUCAAUCCUCUGGCUAUGGACAACAUAGAUAUGGCACAGGUCAGGCUUCUGGCUUUGGGCAACAUGGGUCUGGCUCAGGAGAGUUUUCUGGCUUUAGUCAGCAUGGAUCUGGCUUGGGUCAAUCCUCAAGCUAUGAACAACAUAAUUCUACCUCAGGACAGUCACCAAGCUGUAGCCAACAUGGAUCUAGCUUAGGUCACUCUACUAGCUGUGGUCAACAUGGAUCUGGCUCAAGUCAAUCAUCUAGCUAUAGACGAUAUAGCUCUGGAUCAAAUCAAUCUCUUAAUCAUGGCCAACAUAGGUCGGGAUCAAGUCAGACUUCUAGCUAUGGCCAAUAUAGGACUGGAUCAGGUCAUUCUUCUGGCUUUAGGCAACAUGUGUCUGGCUCAGAAGACUCUUUUGGCUUUAGGCAACAUGGGUCUGGCUCAAGAGAGUCUUUUGGCUUUAGUCAGCAUGGAUCUGGUUUAGGUCAAUCCUCUAGCUAUGGACAACAUGGUUCUACUUCAGGAAAUUCAUCAAGCUGUGGCCAACAUGGCUGUAACUUAGGUCAGUCUUCUGGCUAUGGUCAACAUGGCUCAGGUCAGUCUUUUGGCCAUAGCCAACAUGGGUCUGGCUCAGGUCAGCCUUUUGACUUUGGGCAACAUGGGUCUGGCUCAGGAGAGUCUUCUGGCUUUAGUCAGCAUGGAUCAGGCUCAGGUCAAUCCUCGAGCUAUGAACAAUAUAAUUCUACCUCAGGACAGUCACCAAGCUGUAGCCAACAUGGAUCUAGCUUAGGUCACUCUACUAGCUGUGGUCAACAUGCAUCUGGCUCAAGUCAGACGUCUAGCUAUGGCCAAUUUAGUUCUGGAUCAAACCAAUCUCUUAAUAAUGGCCAGUGUAGGUCUGGAUCAAGUCAGACUUCUAGCUAUGGUCAACACAGGGCUGGAUCAGGCCAGUCUUCUGGAUUCAGACAACAUGGGUCUUUCUCAGGAGAGGCUUAUGGCUUUAGCCAGGGAUCUCACUUAGGUCAAUCCUCUAGCUAUGGACAACAUGGUUCUACUUCAGGACAUUCAUCAAGCUGUGGCCAACACAGAUCUAACUUAGGUCAGUCUUCCGGCUAUGGUCAACAUGGCUCAAGUCAGUCUUCUAGCCACAGCCAACACAGAGCUGGCUCAAGUCAGUCUUUUAGCCACAGCCGACGUAGGUCUGGCUCAAGUCAGUCUUCUGGCUUUGGUCAGCAUGGAUCUGGCUUAGGUCAGUCAUCAAGCUAUGGUCAACACCAAUCUGGAUAUGGUCAAUGUUCUAGGCAUGGACAACAUGGUUCUGCUUCAGGUCAGUCCUCUGGCUUUGGACAACAAAGGUCUAGAUCAGGUCAGUCUAGCUAUGACCAACACUGGUCUGGCUCAGGUCAGUCUUCUAGUUGUGGCCAGCAUGGAUCUAGCUCAGGAGAGUCUUUUGGCUGUGGUCAACAUGGGUCUGGCUCAGGUCUGUCUUCUAGCUAUGGCCGACAUCGAUCUGGAUCAAGCCAAUUUUCUAGCCACAGUCAAUACAGAUUUGGUUCUGGUCAGUCCUCUAGAUAUGGCCAUCAUGGGUCUGGAUCAGGUCAGUCUUCCAGCUUUGGACAACACAGAUCUAGCUCAGGAGAAUCUUCUUCCUUUGAGCAUGGAUCUAGUUUAGGUCAAUCAUUAAGCUCUGGACAGAAUGAAUCUAAAUACGGUCAAUCCCCUGCCUAUAGACAGCAUGGUUCUACCUCAGGACAAUCAUCAAUCUGUGGCCAACACACAUCUGGACCAGGCCAGUCUUCUAGCUAUGGCCAACAUGGGUCUGGAUUAGGUCAAUCUUCUAGCUGCAGUCAACAGAUGUCAGGGUCAGGACAGUCUUCUGGCCAUGUCCAAAGUGGCUCUGGUUCAAGUCAAUGCUCUAGCCAAGGCCAAUGUGGAUCUGAAUGGAGUCAGUCUUCCAGAUAUGGCCAACACAGAUCUGCCUCAGGUCAGUGUACUACCCAGAAUCAACAAUCUGGCUUGGGUCAGUAUUCUAGCUCUGAACAACAUGGGCCUGGCUCAUAUUGUUCAUCUUGCUCUGAACAAAGUGGUUCUGGACCUGGUCAGUGUUCUAGCUAUGAGCAACAUGAAUUACAAGGGAGAUGUAGGUCAAGUUCAAGUGGAACUCAUGAAGGGUACAGUAGACCCCAAACAGGUUCAAGUCCUAAUCAGUCAAGAAGAAAUAGUCAGGAAUGGUCAGGGUACUGCCAAAAAGAAAGAAGUAGGAGCUGCAGUCCAACAAGCGGCGAGUCUGAUGGAUAUGAGAGUAUUCAUGGACAAUCAAGAACAUGUAGGCAACAAAGCCAAGGAUGCAGCCAGGAUCAGUGGGAAUCCAGCUGUAGCUAUUCAAAUUGUAAUGAAGGGCAACCAAGAAGUAGUUAUAGACAACUAGAAAGUUCCUCAAGUUGUGGCUCUGGACAAUUUAUACCCUCCUGUGGACAGUCUAGAUCCAACACUACCAAUACACUGUUAAUUUGCAAGGAGGAUAACAGACAAGGUGGCUAUUUUCACCAGAGAGAAGUUGGUGACUGUGCAGGAGGAAAUACCAUCUCAAGCUCCCACAGUUUCCACAGCAGCACUCCACUCUAUGAAUAUGUCCAAGAGCAGAGGUGCUAAUUCGAGGAAUGAACAAUAAAUAAGUGAAAUUAACUCAAGUAGCAGUUUAAGAAAUAUGAAACUAUUAUAUAUGAGCAAUUCAUUACAAACCUUCUCUUUAAAAGUGGAGGUAUCUAUUUCUGUCUUUUCCAUUUUUAAACAUUUAACUGUACUCAAUUCGUGGUUAUUGGGUUCCUUCCAAAGAAUAUAGGAUAUGAGGGCUACUUUGUUGGGAAAUACUGGUGAAUAAAAAAUGUGUGGGAAUAAAUUUGGAAGAACAAUGAAAAGCAGUUAAGAUGCUUGGGUUUGGUCGAAAUAUCUUUUUGAGAGCCCUUUGCUCAUUAUAUGAUGCCAAAGCUAAGCUUUCAUCUAUAAGGAACAAAAAAUUAAAAAUGCGCUACCAGUUCUGGAGUCAAAGUUUCUCUUACAGUAACAUGACUACAAUUUUUGUGUGCCCCACAAUGUGUGCUGGCAGAAAGGCGAAGACCCUAAAAACAAAGAUGCAGCAUUGGUAGCCUCUUUACUUAUCAAAACAACCAAGCCCCUAUUCUUAGGUAUAUGUUUAACUGUUAAACUAAUGAAAGGCAUAAAAAAGUAGCACCAGGUGCUUCUUCCAAACCUGUGUGCGAGAAUUUUAUCUUAAAGGGCAGAGAUGAAUCAGUUCAGGUUUAGAGAGCUCUGGCUUAGUUUGAACAAGAAUGAUCUUGAAGCCUACUACUAAGAAUUUUCUCCAGGUUAAAAAAAAAUUUUUAGAAGAUCAAUAGUAGGAAAAUACAAUGGCUCCAAACUACUUCUGUAGUCACUGGUCUUUCCUCAUAGAAAAAAAUCUAUUUAUACAGAGAUGGAACAAAAAGCUGUCCACUGCCACUGAUGAACAGUUUCUUAGUUUAAGUAGAGCAUAUUUGUUUCAAGUUUUUGGAUUCAAAUAACUGGACUGUAUUAAAAAUGACAAUAAACAAUGGUGACCAAAUACUGAGGUUUGUCUCAUCUCUGCUUCAUUUCACUCUCACACUCAGGUGGUCAGACGAGAAACUAACUCAAAUAGUUAUUUUCCAAGGCCCUGUCCUUCACAAACAAUCCAGAAUAUAUAAGGAAUUUUUUAAACUCAUAAUUAAGACAAACGAAUGAGCAGAUCUAAUUGGUCACUUACCAAACAAGAUGUACAAAUGGCCAGUAAGCACUUGAAAAGAUGCUCAAUGUCAUUUGUCAUCAAAGAAAUGCAAAUUAAAACAUAAUGAGAUACUACAAUACACACAUUAGAAUGGCCAAAACUAAAAAUAUGGGCAAUAAGUGUUGGUAUUACUGGUGGAAAGUAAAAUGAUAUAUUCACUCUGAAAAAUAGUGAGGCAAUUUCUUAUAAAGUUAAAUAAACAUGUGUAUAUGACCUAACAAAUGUAUUCCUAAGUGAAAUGAAAACAUAUGUCCACAUGAAGAUUUUUACAUAAAUGUUCACAGCAGCUUUAAUAAUAAUACCCCAAGUCUAAAGCAACCAAAAUGUCCACAAUUUACCAAAUUGUAUAGCCAAACAAACACUAUUUAAUGAAAAGAAUGAAGUGCUCAUAUAAAUGACGUGGAAGAACCUUAAAAACAUUAUACCAUAUAUAUAUACAUAUAUAUA